AAGAAAUCACACACAAAAAAGCGUUUUUGUACCCACUUUCCAAUUUUCUUGGGCUUCCUAUUUCUUUUUCCGGUGAUCGCCGACAAAGAUGAUGAGUCGUGGAGCGACGACUGUGGUCCGAUCGGUGGUGGGUCAGAUGGGUCCACGUUUGUUCUCAACCGGCGUUAUGAAAACCAGCACCGCUGCCCUCGUGGGCUCUGAGAAGGCGAUGGUGGCAUGGUGGAUAACGUCGUCUCCGGUGAAUGGUGCUCGCAAUGCGAGUACUAUGACGUUGGGAGACAAACAACAGAAGGAAGAGGCGGUGGGUGGUAGCGCCACCGCCGCCGGAAGUAGUCAGAAAGCUAAAGAGGUGGUCAGUUACUGGGGAGUGCAACCACCUAAAGUUACUAAAGAUGAUGGUUCGGAGUGGAAGUGGAAUUGCUUUAGGCCAUGGGAGACGUACCAAGCAGAUCUCUCGAUCGAUCUUCAUAAACAUCAUGCUCCGACGACAUUCUUGGACAAAUUUGCAUACUGGACUGUUAAAUCUCUCCGAUUCCCCACCGAUGUGUUCUUUCAGAGGAGAUAUGGGUGUCGAGCAAUGAUGCUUGAAACCGUGGCUGCUGUUCCUGGAAUGGUGGGAGGAAUGCUUCUUCACUGUAAAUCUUUAAGGCGAUUCGAGCACAGUGGUGGCUGGAUUAAGGCUCUAUUAGAAGAAGCUGAGAAUGAAAGAAUGCAUCUAAUGACUUUCAUGGAGGUUUCUAAGCCAAAGUGGUACGAACGUGCCCUUGUUUUCACUGUUCAAGGCAUCUUCUUCAAUGCCUACUUUCUUGCAUAUCUUGCUUCGCCUAAGCUCGCUCAUCGAAUCACGGGUUACCUCGAGGAAGAAGCGAUUCAUUCAUACACCGAAUUCUUGAAAGAGCUCGAGAAAGGUACCAUAGAAAAUGUUAAAGCACCUGCCAUCGCUAUCGACUAUUGGCGUCUUCCUGCUGAUGCUACACUUCGUGAUGUCGUGAUGGUUGUGAGAGCAGAUGAGGCCCAUCAUCGUGAUGUUAAUCAUUUCGCUUCGGAUGUGCAUUAUCAAGGACUUGAGCUUAAAGAUUCUCCAGCUCCAGUUGGAUAUCACUAAGGGAAAUCCAAACCCUAAUUGCUGAAACUUUAUGAAUGAUCUUUUACUUGGAUCAGUAAUAAAAAUGGGUUCUAAAAAGUGACUGUUUUUACUUUCUGUAGAUUCUACGAUAUUGGUUUUGUGGUGUAUACAAAAACCAACCUUUUAUGUUACAAACUGUUCAAGAAAUAUGAUGUAAUCGAUGUGUUUUUGAUGGUGUUGAUGUGUUUUCGAUUGGCAGGGUGUUGUUCCUGCCUGCCUCCAUUUCCAUGAGAGAUUCAUCUUUCAAGACUGCCUUUUGGUUUUGAAGGAGCUCGAAUCUCCAUCAAUGAAGGUGUGUAGUAAUUGUGGUUUGAUGCUUUGAUUUGGAAUCUGGAUUGUUGCAACCAAUUUUGAGUACGGAAUGGAAGUGGUUGAUCGAUGGAUUGGAUUAAUGGGGUGGUUUAGUAUCGUUAAUUUGCAGGGUGUUGUUUGGAUUGAUCAUUGUGAAACACUUCAUUCCAACGUUUGCAGCAUAUGAGAGAAUCACAGAAGGUUUUCAGGAGGAUUAGUGGUUGCAAGGUUUAAAGACACCCAUAUAGCUAGUUGUAAAGCUGUGUUUGGUACACGGGACUGGAAAGGACAUGACAGAACUCUACUGUUUCAUAUUUGACUUGACAUGAGACCGAGAUUGCCUUCUGUUCCACCUAAAAAUGAGAGAGAAGUAAAAAA